UAUGAAACUUAAUAAUAGAAAGUAUGUACAAUAUCCCAAGGUCUCUGCUCACAUGAGAAAUGAAUAAUGUUUUAAAUCCUUUAGGGUUCCUGCCACUGAGAAUGAACAAUAUUAGAGUAGUCCAAAUCACGUGAAUUCGGAGGAUAACUUCAAUUUCAAGUCAUUCUUGCAGGGCAGAAAGUUAAGUUCCUCAACUGAGGCUGACCUUAAACUGAAAAUAGAGAAGUGAAUAAAGUGUAAGUGAAGCUGGGAGGCGGUUGCUUGAUUUGCAUAGUGAUCACAAAAGGAGCAUAGUUAUAAAUUCUACUAUUUUUGGCAGUGCGAGUGCUAACGAGAGAGAAGUUCUGCAUUCUCUUUUGGUAAAGCUUAAAAAAUGCUGCAUUUUUUUCUGUUCCUGCUCUUUUUUGGCCAGGUUGUUCAGAGCCUAAGAAUCUGCUCUUUCAACGUGAGAUCAUUUGGAGAAUCUAAGAGAAAAAAACCAGAAAUCAUAGAUGUUAUUGUAGAGAUUAUAUCUCGCUGUGAUAUCAUGCUACUAAUGGAAAUAAAGGACAAUAGGAACAGAAUAUGUCCCUUUCUAUUAGAGAAACUGAAUGGACGGUCAGAAGGAACAUACAAUUAUGUGGUCAGUAAGAGGUUAGGAAGAAGGAAUUACAAAGAGCAAUAUGCUUUUUUCUACAGAUUGGAAAGUGUCUGUGUGAGGCAAAUUUAUCAGUAUCCUGAUCUGCAGCCGGGUGAUGAAGAUGCCUUUUCCAGAGAACCUUUUAUUGUUUGGUUCAACUCUCCAAGAACAGCGGUCACAGAAUUUGUGAUCAUCCCGAUACACACAAUGCCUGAAAUGGCUGUGCAAGAAAUCGAUGAACUCUAUAAUGUGUUUCUGGAUGUCAAGUUGCACUGGAAGACUAAGAAUUUCAUAUUUAUGGGAGACUUCAAUGCUGGCUGUGGCUAUGUGGCAAAGAAGCAGUGGAAAAAUAUCCGAUUACGAAAUCACACUGACUUUGUUUGGAUAAUUGAUGAUAAAAGAGAUACAACUGUGAAAUCAACAACACACUGCCCCUAUGACAGGAUUGUGCUCCAUGGGGAGAUGCUCAUAAAUACCGCCAUGCUGGGCUCAGCCAGUACCUUUGAUUUUCAGAGGGCCUUCUCCAUGACUGAGGAACAGGCCUUAGCAGUGAGUGAUCACUUCCCAGUAGAAUUCCAGCUGAGAAGUUCCUCAAGAAGAACAGCCAGAUAUUGUAGAACUCUUGUACAUCCAGUGAAAUGUUGUUCUAGUCAAACCUAAAACACGCAAACCCAAAAAUGUAUAUUCACAAGAAAAGAGCUGAUUUUGCGGUCAUUUUUAUGGAUGUCUUGCUACACUAGGAUAUAGUUAACUCAAAAAAUGCAAAGCCCAUAUCUUUAUAAUAUUCAAAACAUUCAAGGUUAAUGAAAUGCUGCUUGUUUAUAAAAUAAACAAUUUAGAUUAAUUUGAAUGUCUUAGUUUCUAUUGCAUGGAUUAUUUGAUGAAAUAGUUUGUUCAAAAUUGUUCCAUAUCUGAUCUUAUAAACAUAGAAAUUUAAGUAGUCAGAACAGAUCUGUCUACUGUUUGUGUAUAUAUAUAUAUUAACAAUUACACUAAAACAUAUAUAUAUA